CAACUAUAACUAUACCUAGACAAAGCAAUGAUAAAUGAUAUUUGAUAUUCCAUUUGCAAAUAAUCGAAUACUACAGCUUAUAGUUCCGGUACUAGUAGUUAUCGGUUUGGGUUAUUAUGAUUUUGUAAUGGGAUUUUGCUUGGGUCAUCAAGUAAUAUACAAAUAUCAUUCUCAUGGGGUGGCCAUAAGUUUAUGGAUAUUAUUAGCAUUCUUACAAUUAUCGGUAUUUAUAUAUUGGAUACUUAUAUUCAUAAUUGGGCCCGGUAAAGCCCCAAAAUUCCCUCCAUUCAAUCUUCGUGGUGAUGAUACUGAUGAAUUAACCCAAGUUCCUAAUGCGUUUGAAUGUGAUAGGUUUGGUUAUCCAUUCUAUAGUUCUCAUACCGACUCUCUAGUAUUGCCUAGAGGUUUCUAUCUGAAGCACACUGGUUAUAAUGUUUUGAAAUAUGAUCAUUAUUGUCUUUGGAUAGGUACAGUCCUUGGAGAAUGUAACUAUUUAUUUUUUAUGAAAUUUAUGACAUUCUUUUUAUUACAUUUUAUCAUUCCAAUCAUUUAUUUAAUGAGAUAUACUCGAUCUCAAGUUUCAAGAGAAGGAGAAAUAAACCAUAACUUCAUACCGGCGUAUGUUCUAUCCGGGUUUUGGAUUAUAAUCAUUGGGGCAUUGUUUGCUGUUCAUUUGAAGUAUGUCUGUGUAAACAUGACUACAUUGGAUGAAAUAACGAUGAAGCAAAAGCAAGUUUAUCAACGAUGGGAGUUAAGUAAUGAAAAAGAAAAGAAAACAUUUAGAAGGAAACCUAGAAAGGAAGAUGGGAAACGAUACAUUAAUAUAAAAAAGGAUAACCUAAGAGUAGUGGUGCAAUAUGAUGUAAUGGAUGAGGUUUAUAACAUGGGAUUUAAAAAGAAUUGGAUCAAUUUAAUAUUUAACGGUAACAGGAAUCAUGGGAAACCUAGUGAGUUUUAUACAACGAAAAGAUUAAUCACUUCAUUUGUGAUAUUCUUAGUUCCAUUCAUUGAUAUUCCUUAUGGAUUUAAAUACCGAUCACAUCCUAUGGAGAGAGAAGGUAGUGAUCCUGAGUCUCUUUUAAUUGAAUUUGAAAAGAAUUCAAGUGCUAUGAAUCCUGAAUUUGUACAAUCAUUAUAUCAAAAGAUCGAAAACAAAGAAUGUUAUCUUGCUCUGUAUCUUCCACGAUCAGUGAUUGAUGAACAUACAUACCAGGAUCAGGAACAGAAUCAUAAUGAUGAUACAGGUAUACCCGACACAACAAAUGAGAAAUCACCAGAGCUGUCUACUGCCUCUAAAUAAUGUUUAUAGAUGUAUUAAAUAUAUUAGCAACCAUAUUGGUUGUAUACAGGAAUUUUUUUAUUUUUUAUUUUUUAUUUUUUGUGCAACAUCUAUAAAGGUAUAAUCAAAAUUUGAUUUACUAGUAAUUGUCAUC